AUGGCCUCCCGUGUGUCCCAGGUAGACGCAGUCAAGCCUGUCGAGGUAGCUGUUGACUCUGGUGCUGCUAGGGGUGCUGAGCCUGGGGGUGCUGAGCCUGGGGGUGCUGAGUCUGGGGGUGCUGAGCCUGGGGGUGUGGAGCCUGGUGGUGCGGAGCCUGGGGGUCCUGAGCCUGGGGGUACGGAGACUGGGGGUGCUGAGCCUGGGGGUGCGGAGCCUGGGGGUGCUGGGUCUGCUCGUGUGGCCUCUGGGGGUGCUUGCCGUGCUGCUGGAGCUAGAGGUGCUACUGUUGCUGCUGACCCUGGGGUCGGCACUGGAGUUACUGGGGCCACUGGUCCUGGAGGUGCUCGUACUGGCGGUACUGGAGCUGCUGGGAAUGGGGGUGCUGCUGGGGCUGUUGGAGCUGGUGCUGCUGGAGGUACUGGAGGUACUAGAGCUACUGGGCCUGGAGAUGCUCCUGGUGCUGGAGCUGCUGGCGGUACUAGAGCUGGUGGUCCUGCUGGAGUUGGAGUUGCUCGAGCUGGAGCUGCUGGGGGUGCUGGCGCUGGAGGUGCUGCUGGCGCUGGUGCUUCUGAGGGUGCUGGAGUUAGCGCUCUUGGAGCUGGAGGUGCUGCUGGCGCUGGUGCUGCCGGUGGGGGUACUUGUGCUGUCCCUGCUAAUUCUGGAGGCGAUGCGCGGCCGCGGCCGUACUUCGUUCCGCUCCUUGAGCAGCCUGCGUCUCGUCCUGCGUCGCCUGUUCGUGCUGCUCGCACUAGUAGUCGUGCUCCGCGUCCGCGUCCUCCUGCUGUCCCAGGCACAUACCAGAUGGCAUUGUGUCCUUCCACUGCUCCUCUGCGUGUCCCGUUGCCGUCUCCUCCAGAGUCCUCUCUUCCUGUUCUUGCUGACCCGGAGUCUGACUCUCUUCGUGCUGCCAGUCCUACUGUCACGCAUCUCCUGGCUACUGUUAUCACUGACCCUUCCUUUGAGUCCACUGCUGCGUCUGCCUUAGUUGCUAAGCUUGUCAACUUUGCUGCUCGCUGUCGUCUAGACUACGCCGCUAGUCUUGUUGCUGAGUCUGAGUCUGUCUGUCCUCCGUCCAUUAGGGGUGAGUGUGCUCCUAGCAUGGACGUCCUUGAGGACAGGCGGGAGGAGUUCCAGUGUUUUGCUGCUGCUUUGUCUCAUCUCGUGUCCACGCUGAUUGCAUCAGACAUCCCGACUCCUCGAUCGUACGCGGAGGCGAUCGAGGGUCCCUACUCCUCACAAUGGCAGACAGCCAUGGACGCAGAGAUGGCUUCGUGGAAGUCCACAGGCACCUACGUCGACGAGGUUCCCCCACCUGGGCGAACAUCGUUAGUGGCAUGUGGAUUUUCAGGGUGA